AUGAAUUAUCCUAGAGUACGCCGCGAUGAGGGAAAUGUCCUUGAAUUCAAAUCCAAGAAGAAUGGCUUCGUCAGCGUUAAAGAUCCGUAUGCUUGGCUGGAAACGCCUCCGUCUCAGUCGAAAGAGAGUGCUGAUUUUGUGGAUGCACAAAACAAGCUCUUUGGCAACUACAUGGAGGACGUGAGCUAUAGGGACGAGUUUAAGGCUGCACUCACGGACAAUAUGAGCUAUCCAAAGUUCAGCGCACCUUCAAUAAAGAAGAAUAAAAUUGCAUACUGGUCAGAGAACUCAGGCCUUAUGCCCCACGCGGUCAUCCGCUCCUCUAAAAACCUUGACAGUCGUGACAGCGACGUCUUCUUCGACCCAAAUCAGCUUUCUGAAGAUAAGUCGGCAAGUCUCGCGACGGCAGCAUUCUCAAAAACCGCAAAGUACUUUGCAUACGGUAUUAGCCGCUCGGGAAGUGACUGGGUCACUCUUUAUGUCCGCUCGGCAUCGUCACCCUUCAAUGAGCACAGUGGAUCACAUGAAACUGAUCAGUCCAGAUUCUCAGAUGAAGUGAGAUAUGUCAAGUUCUCCAGCAUCGGUUGGUUGGGAGAUGAAGGCUUCUUUUACCAGCGGUACGACGUAGCAGAAGGCGCACACGGUGCUGCAAACGAAGACAAAGCCGGUCUCGAGACAGACGCGAAUGAAAACGCUAAGUUGUACUUCCAUAAAGUCAACACGCCUCAGUCUGAAGAUGUAUUGGUUCUCUCAGACUCACAAAACCCAACUCAUAUGUGGUCUGCUGGGACGACAGAUGAUAGUCGUUAUGUAGUUCUCACAGUGUCUAAAGACACAUCUAGACGCAACCUCUUGAAAGUUGCUGACUUGAAGGAUCCCCAGAACGCUAAAAUAUCAGCGAAUAUGAAGUGGAUUGAUGUUGUUGGAGAGUUCAAGCAUGAGUAUAGUGUCAUUGAUAACGACGGAUCAAAGCUUUAUCUUCAAACAAACGAGAUGGCUGAUAAUUUCAAAAUUGUAACAGCAGACGUCUACGAUUCAUCAAGUAUCGAGUGGAAGGACUUUAUUGCUGAAGACAAUGCUGCUGUUCUUACUGAUGCCUCUGUCGUCAACAAUGACAAGCUGGUGUUGGUUUAUUUGAGAGAUGUCAAAAGCGAGCUUAUUGUGCACUCACUAUCAGAUGGGCGCUAUCUCUACAGACUCUUCGACGACUUCACUGGUACCAUAAAUCAAGUUACCGGUGAAUCUGAUCAGUCGAAACUUUUCAUUUCAACCACUAGCUACACAACACCUGGUACGGUGUUAUCGUUUGACUUUGAUAAACACGCGUCAAGCACCUUCCGUUCUACUGAAGUGCAUGGGUUGAGCCCCACAGAGUUUAUGACUGAGCAGCAAUUUUAUACUUCAAAAGACGGUACUAAAGUGCCAAUAUUUAUAACUAGGCACAAAGACACACCAAAGAACGCACCGUUCUUUCUGUUUGGAUAUGGUGGUUUCUCGAUUAGCGUUCUCCCAUUUUUCUCACCUUCAGCGCUUACGUUCGUGAAGCAUUUUAGGGCUGGUUUGGCCGUGGCAAACAUUAGAGGUGGAUCAGAAUAUGGAGAGAAGUGGCAUAAGGAUGGUAUUUUGGAUUUAAAGCAGAAUGGCUUCUCAGACUUUUUAUCCGCAUCAGAUUUCCUUGUGGAUACUGGCUACGCUGGAAAGGGUUCUAUCAUCGUUAAUGGUGGCAGCAACGGGGGUUUGCUCGCUGCUGUCGCUGCUCAGCAAGACUUGUCAAACAAUAUUGCCGUCUCUAUUGUCGAUGUGGGUGUCCUUGAUAUGCUUAAAUUUCACAAAUGGACCAUCGGCAGAGCGUGGACAUCAGAUUAUGGAAAUCCUGACGACCCGUCUGAUUUCGAUCAUCUGCACGCCUAUUCACCUCUCCAUAGAUCUCAAGAAAUCAAAGAUAAGAUAUAUCCAGCAAUGCUGCUCACUUCGGCAGCCCACGACGAUAGAGUUGUUAGCUGUCACACGACUAAGAUGAUCGCAGAGCUUCAGCAUUCUCAUAUUGAGCAGGUGAAGUUGGCUAGAAUAGAAACUAAGGCCGGCCACGGCGCGGGGAAGUCUACACAGAUGAGAAUCCUUGAGGCAACAGACAAGUACACAUUCGCAGCAAAUGAGCUUGGUUUGAAAUGGUUCAAGUAG